AUUGGCGGGUGGAUGAUAGUAGAUGCUGAUGAUGAAGUGCAUCUCUCGACAAAACUUGAUCAUCAUGCCAAACGGCUUAGUACAGACGACAAUUUAACAAGUGAUUCCGCUCUGCUAUUUUCUUCAUUUCAACAGUUUAUUUAAUCUCGCUUUACCUAACGUUAACCACCGUAUAGUGUACGCGCGUUAUCUUAGUACGCGCAUCCUUUUUUCGAGCUUUUGACUGGUUGAGCUACAGACUUCCUUACUUUGCCGACAUGUUUCGCAUACAGUCGCUGGCUGCUCGGUCACUGAUCGCCGGAGCUUUUGAUCAGUAUACUCCUUUGACACUGACAUCCCUUCCGAGUCUAAACGGAGUGAGACACAAAUCUCAAGAUCCGUCCAUAGAAAGGUAUGGCCAGAUGCGCUUCAGUACCGCCGAGCCUAAAGUUGCUGCUGGGAGUCUUCACGAAAAAAUGCGGGAGAAGAUUCUCAGUAUGGAGACAUUGAACCCGCAUGUGAGGGCAGUGGAGUACGCUGUGAGAGGACCUAUUGUUAUCAAAGCUGGAGAGAUAGAGAGAUGCUUGGAGGAGGGUGGUACAAAACCUUUUUCUGAGGUCAUCAAAGCCAACAUCGGUGAUGCACAUGCCAUGGGACAGCAACCAAUCACAUUUCUCAGACAGGUGGUGGCUCUCUGCACAUUUCCUGAGCUGAUGGACAGUCCCAGUUUCCCAGAGGAUGCAAAAUGGAGAGCACGGCGUAUCCUGCAGGGCUGCGGUGGACACAGUCUUGGGUCAUAUAGUGCAAGUCAGGGCAUAGAGCAGAUCCGUAAAGACAUUGCAGCGUAUAUCGAGCAAAGAGAUGAUGGAGUGCCUUCCGACUGGGAUAACAUUUUUCUCACCACUGGAGCAAGUGAUGGCAUUAUGAAUAUUCUGCGCCUGCUGGUGUCCGGGAACGGCUCUUCUCGGGCUGGUGUGAUGAUCCCCAUCCCUCAGUACCCGCUGUAUUCAGCUGCCAUCUCAGAGAUGGAUGCAGUGCAGGUUAACUACUACUUGGAUGAGGACAACUGCUGGGCCCUUGACAUCAACGAGCUUCACAGAGCAUAUCAGGCUGCCAAAAAGCACUGCCAACCCCGGGUCAUUUGUAUCAUCAACCCCGGAAACCCAACUGGUCAGGUCCAGAGUAAGAAAUGCAUUGAAGAAGUCUUGCACUUUGCCUACGAGGAGAAUCUCUUUGUAAUGUCAGAUGAGGUCUACCAGGACAAUGUGUACGCUUCUGACUGUCAGUUCCACUCCUUCAAGAAGGUGCUAUAUGAGAUGGGCCCUGAGUACUUUAACAGCGUGGAGCUCGUCUCCUUCCAUUCCACCUCCAAAGGCUACACGGGAGAGUGUGGUUUCAGGGGUGGAUAUAUGGAGGUGAUCAACAUGGAUCCAGAAGUCAAAGCCCAGCUUGUGAAGCUUUUAUCAGUGAGACUGUGCCCCCCUUUGGCUGGCCAGGUUGCUAUGGAUGUCAUAGUCAACCCUCCACAACCAGAUGAGCCUUCUUUCAAGCAAUUUCACCAGGAGAAAACCGCAGUGCUGGGUGCUUUAGCAGAGAAAGCUAAGCUAACAGAGAAAAUCCUGAAUGCGGUUCCAGGAAUCAAGUGCAAUCCCGUCCAGGGGGCCAUGUACGCCUUUCCCCGCAUCUUUAUCCCUCCAAAAGCAGUGGAGGAAGCCAAGGCUUUAGGAAUGCAGCCGGAUAUGUUCUACUGCCUGAGGCUGCUGGAAGAGACUGGAAUCUGUGUUGUUCCUGGUAGUGGCUUUGGGCAGAAAGAUGGAACAUACCAUUUCAGAAUGACAAUCCUACCAUCCACAGAGAAGCUGAAGGUACUUCUUGGCAAAGUACAUGAUUUCCAAAUCAAGUUCUUGAAAGAGUUCUCUGCUUUGGAGCAGUUACAGAGAUGAUAUUUGUACUAAUGUUGAAAGCUGUUCAGCUCCAGCCAUGUGACUUCUUAAUACACUGACCAUUCAUUUAAACAGCAAAGGUAGUGUUAAGAGUCCUGCUUGCUAGGUUUCCAGUCAUAUUUUUAAACAUGAUUUUAGAGAUUAUGGUGUUGUUUACUUAGAUUUGUUUAGAAUUUUGCAACAUGGUUUUAAGGAAAUAUUAGCUGUGUAACCCAGGCGUAACACUAAGCUAAAUAUUAAAGUGUUUUUUUAAGAUGGAUUUCAGAACAUAGGACACAACAACAGAAAUGUGUCAGUCCAUUUCCUCUGGUAAAUUUGCACUUAAACUGUCAGGGUGAACAAACACCCUGGGUCAUAUGUGAGAUUGAACAACAAAGAUUAUUCAUUUAAGGUGUUUCCAAACUUGGACACUUGCACUGAAUUAAACGAUGGUUGCCACAAUACAUAUAACUAGAUGCUGCAUUUAAGCGCUCCAGGCACGUAGACGUGUCCGCCAUCUUGGAACGGUCCACUGACGUCACUUACAGUUGACUAGAAUGCCCCAACACUACGCUGCGCAGUCAUGGCUGUGAAAACCACGGGGAUUUAAAUUCCUGAAAAUGGGGUAACCUUUCGUUGUUGUCAUGUGUUAGUGUAGCAGAUAUAAUGUUUGAGCUUACACAACAAUAACUAUGUUUUCAUAAUCAUACUGCACACCGUCAGCUUGAUUUUGAGUGUUAGUGGACCGGCUCGCAGCGUUCCAAUAUGGCGGAUGACCCAAGUAGCGGCCCAUAGAAACAGAUGCUAAUGUGGCAUCUAGUUAUUUAUAUCUAUGGUUGCCACAUCCCCUAAGUAAAAACAGCCACAAAUCUCUCUUUCUCUGUAUUGCUUCUAUUCAUAUUAUGAAUGAUUCAAAAUUCUGGCUGAUGCGUUUUUACUUCGAUUUUUGUAUUAUUACGAAAGGAGAGGAGAUGGUUUGUCACCGAAUAUUUGAAGGUACAUAUAUGGUUAUGGUUCUGAAAAGUUUACGAGGAGGGACUAUUUUUUGUUUAUUUUGUCCUCACCUGAGUUUCACUCAUUGCCAUGCAAUGUACAAGCUAAACGUUUAUUUAAAAAUCAGGAAAUUAAUUGCAAAUUAAGCUUCUGAUUAAGAUCAUCGUAAAAUGAUUUGGAACGUCUCUGUCCCAUUUUUUUACUGUAGAUAUUUUGUGUCAUGGGCAGCUGAAAACAUUGAGUGAAUAAAGUGUGUUAACUUAUCUUGAAAGUUCUGGAUUAAUUCAUAUUUACUGACAUAUUUUCCCCAGGUAAUAUGUCAUGUAAAUCUAAACCCUUCAUCGUAGUCUUGUUUGAAACAAAGUUGAUAAAAUACACAAUAAUUUCAAUUUAAAUAACAGCUAUUUGAAAUCAUUAGUGCCAAAGUUGCAAAUUGUUUUUUUACCUGGUUUAUAUCUUACUUUUUCAGGGUUUAUCUGUUGUUCUGUAAUUUUUAGAAGCCAUUAUCAGCGAAUGAAUACUGUUAAUGUAGCAUUGUGUUCUCUUGAGCUUCAUGACCCUUUCACUUCUUAUGAGGUGCCUUCAAUUAUGCCUGUCAGCUUUAAAUGAACUUUUCUUUAUAUGCAUUACUUCUUGUAUGUGCUGUUUGUUUACAGAUUUUUGAACAUUGUAAUUUCAAUACUAGAGGUCAAUACGCACAAUACUGUUCAACUAGGUUACAUCUGUUCAAGUUGUUUUUGUUCAUAAUAAAGAUGUCAAAAUGAAAGGUUUUCUCAUUUGACAAACAGUAAUGAUUUUUUUUGCCUUACAAUCAGUUGUCAUUUCAGUCAGAAUGCAAGGCUGUUUAUAAAGCACCCCUGAUAGUGUUUUUGUUUUUUAUAUUAUUUGGCUAUAAGAUGAAUUCUUAAAGUAAACGUAGUUGUUUUUUGGAUUAUGCCAAAAUAAUGGUUAAGAUACAUGAACUAUGUUUAGGCCAAUGAUAUACCUUAUUUCAGUCGAUUUCGACUUUUGUGACUUCAAGGUCCCACUCAUUUGAAGCCACUCCCACUCUGAAUUUUGCAUUUAAUCAAAUGUUCAAGAGUUUGGCAGAAUUAUAUGUAUAUU